UUCCUCCAAGAUGGCGAGUGUGUUACUGCUCGCUGCCUUCCUUCUGUGCUGCAGCUUCCCUGUCGGAGCCCAGGACGUCAGGACCUACUGUCCCGGGUCCUGUCUGCGGGAGUAUGUAGACAAGGGCUACUGUGCCUACACCUAUGUGGUUCAGCCCGGGUCCCGUACAGGGGGCUGUUCACCACCUGUCCAGCUCGCCGAGGCGAAGGAGGAAACGGGCUGCAUGAAAAAUCAAGUGGAUCGAAUUUUGUCCCUGGUGGAAACCUUUCUUAGCCAGCAAUCCAACCUCACACAGGAGCUACAUGAACAGAAGACCCAGAUAGAUGGCUUGUCCAACCAACUGUCAGAGGAAAGAGCCAGGACUGCACAGCUUGGACGGGACCUACAAGAACAAGAGACCAGGGUACAGAAUCUGACACGGGACCUACAAGACCUUCUACGAGCUUGA